AUGGAACCCUUCUAUGGUUCAUUCAUGUUUUAUCCUGACAAGGUUGGCCUUCCUGUUCUUGAUAUAUAUUAUUAUUGUAGAAUGAAAAGGGAAAGGGUGGAUACUGUCAAAGUUCUUGUAGAUCCACCAAGUUCCAACUCUCCAAAGAAGAAUACGUGCACACAUUCUGGGCAGACAAUCGAUGACGAGUCUGGCGUGGCAUUUGAGUACAUACAUAAGAGGCUUGCUAAUGAUGAAAUUGUGGGGUUACGUGACAAAAACUUCAAGAACUUGCUACACCAUAAGAAACUUCACUUGGUUCUUGAUUUAGAUCAUACUCUUCUGAACUCCACUUGUAUCUUUGACAUUGAAGAAAAAUAUUUGAAGAGCCAACAAGAUACUCUGCAAGAGUUGCGUCUUGUAGUCAAUAUUGUUUCUAUUUCUCUGUUUCAUUUCUCCUUGGUAUUGUUUGAGAUGUAUAUAUACACGAUGGGAAAACGAUCCUAUGCAUUGGAAAUGGCAAAGCUACUUGACCCCGAGAAUAUUUACUUCCCUUCUAGAGUUAUAACGAAAGAGGAUUGUACCGAGAAGCAUCGAAAAGGUAUUGAUGUUGUUUUGGGGAAAGAAAGUGCUAUCUUGAUCCUUGAUUAUACAAAAUCGGUAAUUCUCAUACUCUGCUAUCAUUUCUUUGCUUCGAGUUGUAAAGAAUCUAAACUCAACAGCAAAUCACUUUCGCUCCUAAGAUGUGAUGGAAGUGAGACUGAUGGAGCACUCGCUACUGUUCUUAAAGUUCUGCAGCGAAUCCAUGUUUUAUUCUUUGGCUCGGAACAUGGGGACAAUCUAGAGCGCCAAGAUAUGAGGCAGCCCGAAGAAAACUUCCCUGUUAGUCGAGCCAAUCUCAUUGAUCCAACCACAGUACCAGUUGCCAUUCAUGCUCCGAGUUUAAUGCUUCCUGUUGAUCUUGCAAGUCAAGCCAAUCUCAUUGAUCUGUUCAUGUUACCAGUUUGUGUUCAUGCUCCGAAUUUAACGCUCCCGGUUGGUCUUGAUGCAUGA